UGCGUCCGCUGCGCGAGCGAGGAAUCCACAGAAUUUCAGGGCGCGCUUCGUGCGAAUUCAGGCGCUCGCGCAAGGCAGCGGUCACUUCAACGGUCAUUUCAGCUCGGUAACAAUAAUAAUACUCUCCCCUAGUCGUUUACUCGUAGAAAUAGGCCUCUGUAAGCUCUCUCUCCACGCAGAGAUUGCAGCUAAAGCUCAGCUCUGAUUUAACUGGUUUAGUUAGCACACCGGCUAACGGCUGCUGGUGUGGUGAAAUCAGUGACAUCAACUCGAAAACUGAGGAUUUCUGUGGCAAAACUCGUGGAUAUAGUGGGCUGUGUGGACCUUGAGAGUGCUGAGGAGUUUGAGGCUGGACGGCAGCUGACGGACUGAACCAUGGCUCAGUUUCCCACGCCCUUCGGAGGGGGGUCGGAUACAUGGGUAAUAUCUGUGGACGAGAGAGCCAAACAUGACCAGCAGUUCCACAGUUUGACCCCCACACCUGCUGGCUUCAUCACAGGUGACCAGGCAAGGAAUUUCUUUCUGCAGUCAGGUUUACCUGCCCCCAUCCUGGCCCAGAUAUGGGCUCUGGCCGACAUGAACAACGAUGGGAAGAUGGACAUGCUUGAAUUUUCCAUCGCAAUGAAGCUGAUUAAAUUGAAGCUGCAGGGUCACCCCCUCCCUCCUUCAUUGCCCCCCUCCAUGAAGCAGCAGCCCCUCUCCAUACCACCGCAGCCUCCUUUUGCUAAUUUCAAGAUCAAAGACCGCAAUAGGAGAAAGAGCGGCAUCAGCACUGGGAUGCCCAGUAUGGGUGCAAUUCCAGGCCUGCCAGCAGUGCCGCCCAUGCCCCUGCCCCCUCUGCCUCCAGGAGUGCCUGGUGUAGGCGUAUCUCCUCCACUGGUAGCAUCGGUGACGCCACCCGUUCCAUCCCUUGCCAACGGAGCACCCGCUAUGAUACAACCCAUUAGUGGAUUCUCGCAUCCAGCUGCUGCACUCAACAAAACCGCUUCGUUCAAUCGCUCCAGCAUCAAGCUACAGAAGGGCCAGUCUGUAGAGGCACCCAGUGCUCCAGCAGCUCCUCCGCCCACUGACUGGGCCGUGCCUCAGUCCUCUCGGCUCAAGUACCGCCAACUCUUCAACAGCCAUGACAAAAUGAUGAGUGGCUAUCUCACAGGUCCACAAGCCAGAACUAUUCUAAUGCAGUCCAGUCUACCACAGGCUCAGCUGGCCACCAUCUGGAAUCUGUCAGAUAUAGAUCAGGAUGGGAAGUUGACUGCAGAAGAGUUUAUUCUGGCCAUGCACUUGAUUGAUAUGGCCAUGUCUGGUCUGCCCCUUCCCCCUUUACUGCCCCCUGACCUCAUACCUCCGACAUUCAGGAGAAUGCGUUCUGGAAGUGGUGUGUCUGUGACCAGUGUACACUCGACAGACCUACGGGCCCAGGAUGAGCCCGAGGAGGAGGAGAAAGAGACAGAGAAAAAACUUCCAGUCACAUUCGAGGAUAAGAAACGAGAGAACUUUGAGCGUGGGAACCUGGAGCUGGAGAAACGUCGGCAGGCAUUGCUGGACCUGCAGAGGAAAGAGCAGGAGCGACUGGCAGCGUUGGAGAAAGAGGAGCAAGAAAGGAAGGAAAGAGAACGACUGGAGCAGGAGAGACGCAGACAGCAGGAGCUGGACAAACAACUGGAGAGACAGAGAGAGCUGGAGCGACAGAGGGAGGAGGAGAGACGCAAGGAGAUCGAGAGAAGAGAGGCUGCUAAGCGGGAGCUGGAGCGGCAGCGACAGUUAGAGUGGGAGAGAACGCGCAGACAGGAGCUGCUCACCCAGAGAAACCGAGAACAGGAGAACAUCGUCCUGCUCAAAGCACGCAAGAAAACACUUGAGUUUGAAUUGGAGGCUCUGAACGAUAAGAAGUCUCAGUUGGAUGGUAAACUGCAGGACAUUCGUUUCCGUCUCUCGGCUCAGAGGCACGAGAUCGAGAGCACCAAUAAGACUCGAGAGCUCCGCAUUGCAGAGAUCACCAGCCUGCAACAGCAGCUGCAGGAGUCUCAACAGUGGUUGAGUCGGUUGAUUCCUGAUAAACAGUGUCUGAAUGACCAGCUGAAGCAGGUUCAGCAGAACAGUCUGCACAGAGACUCUCUGUCCAAUCUUCAGAGGGCCAUUGAAAUGAAGGAAUCCACCAAACAGCAGCUGAGAGAACAGCUGGAUGCUGUGGAGAAGGAGACACGUUCCAAACUAUUGGAGAUAGAUGCCUUCAACACACAGCUGAAGUCCUUGGGGCUGUUCUAUCAGACCCAUGCUGCCAGGAUGGAGAACCUGCAGUCGGAGCUCCUAAUUGAAGAGCAGAGGGGGCGACAGUCAGGGAGCUCUGUGGACGAGGUGCUGUUGGACUGUCUCGCAGCACUGCUGGCCUGUUUGAAGCAUAUACACUUCUACUUUCAGGAGCUGAGAGAAAUCCACAACAAGCAACAGAGGCAGAAACAAAAGGAGCUGGAGGCUGACAUCACCCAGCCGUCACAUGACAGAAAGUCCACAGAAUUACAAGAGUCUAGGUUGUCAGGGGCAGAUGAGGGUGUCUCUCCAGCAUGGAGAGACGACGGGCUGGGCAAAGCUCCUACUCCUCCUGUGCCUCAGGCCUGGAUGAGCCGAGUGAGUGAAGAGGAGAACCACAGCAGAGCCGAAAUACAAGAUAACCUCUCCAAACUCUUCACGCAGCAUCCGCAACCAGGAAAACUACAGGCUCAGACCCCCUGGUCUAUGGCAGAUAAGAUCCCAGUGUCUGGUUUUAAUCAGGAGAAGGUAAAGGUGGUCUACUAUAGAGCACUGUAUCCCUUUGAAGCCCGCAGCCACGAUGAGAUCACCAUCCAUCCUGGAGACAUAGUGAUGGUGGAUGAGUCUCAGACAGGUGAACCUGGAUGGUUAGGAGGAGAGAUUAAAGGGAAGACCGGCUGGUUUCCUGCCAAUUAUGCAGAGAAGAUUCCAGAAUCUGAAGUUCCUCUUAGUUUGAGGGCUAGCGCUUCUUCUAGUUCCACCCCUAAAUUGGGCUCCCAUAUGUCAUCCGCUUCUUCAUCGACCACAGCCACACCCAUACAGCCAGUCUCCACAGAGCCUGCAUCGAUAGCCCCACCCACCUCAGCCCCUGCCCCUCCAUGCCCCACCACAUCCUCUUCCUCAACAUCCAGUAACUGGGCAGAUUUCAGCACUACAUGGCCAUCUAACUCUACAGUGGAGAAGCAGGACAGCGAUGGUUGGGAUGCAUGGCCGACACAGCCCACUCAGCCGUCCCUGUCAGUGCCCAGUGGGGGGCAGAUCAGACAGCGUUCUGCUUUCACCCCUGCCACGCUGUCCGGUUCCUCACCCUCACCUGUGCUCGGCCAGGGUGAGAAGGUGGAGGGUCUGCAGGCACAGGCUUUGUACCCAUGGAGAGCCAAGAAAGACAAUCACCUAAACUUUAACAAAAAUGACGUGAUCACCGUACUGGAGCAGCAGGAUAUGUGGUGGUUUGGAGAGGUGCAAGGGCAGAGAGGAUGGUUCCCAAAAUCUUACGUCAAACUAAUCUCUGGGCCCGUCCGGAAAUCUAUGAGUAUUGAGUCUGGCUCUUCAGAUAGCCCUCCCAGUGUUAAGAGACCCAGUCCCUCUCCAAACAAACCCACGGAUCUUGGAGAAGAGUAUGUGGCCAUGUAUACAUAUGAAAGCAGUGAGCAGGGUGACUUGACCUUCCAGCAAGGUGAUGUCAUCACGGUCACAAAGAAAGAAGGAGAUUGGUGGACUGGCACUGUGGGCGGAAAGACCGGGGUCUUCCCUUCAAAUUAUGUCAAACCUAAAGAAUCGGAGGGAUUGGGAUCUGCUGGGAAAUCAGGAAGUUUAGGGAAGAAACCAGAAAUUGCCCAGGUGAUCGCCCCUUACACAGCCACCGGGGCGGAGCAGCUCACCCUAGCACCAGGCCAGCUCAUUCUCAUUCGCAAGAAAAACCCAGGAGGAUGGUGGGAAGGAGAACUUCAGGCGAGAGGAAAGAAGCGUCAGAUUGGCUGGUUUCCAGCUAAUUAUGUAAAAUUAUUGAGCCCCAGCACCAGUAAGACCACACCCACAGAGCCCAACCCACCCAAGCUACCAACACCCAAUGCAGUGUGCCAAGUGAUUGGCAUGUAUGACUACAUAGCUCAGAACGAUGACGAGCUGCCUUUCGGGAAGGGCCAGAUCAUCAAUGUUUUGAGCAGAGAGGAUCCUGAUUGGUGGAAAGGAGAGCUGAAUGGUUCUGUUGGCCUUUUCCCUUCAAACUACGUCAAGCUGACCACUGACACAGACCCCAGCCAACAAUGGUGUGCCGACCUCCACCUGCUUGACAUGCUGACGCCAAUGGAACGGAAGAGGCAGGGAUACAUACAUGAACUUAUUGUUACAGAGGAGAACUAUGUCAAUGACCUGCAGCUAGUUACUGAGACCUUCCAGAAGCCUCUGCUGGACUCGGAAUUGUUGACGGAGAAGGAGGUGGCCAUGAUCUUUGUCAACUGGAAAGAGCUGAUCAUGUGCAACAUUAAACUGCUCAAGGCGUUGCGGGUGAGGAAGAAGAUGUCAGGUGAGCGCAUGCCGGUGAAGAUGAUUGGUGACAUCCUGACCGCUCAGCUUGUUCACAUGCAGCCGUACAUCCGCUUCUGCAGUUGCCAGCUCAACGGCGCAACCCUCAUUCAGCAGAAAACAGACGAGGUGCCCGAAUUCAAAGAGUUUGUUAAGAGGUUGGCAAUGGACCCUCGCUGUAAGGGAAUGCCUCUGUCAAGUUUCCUUCUUAAACCCAUGCAGAGAGUCACCCGAUACCCGCUCAUCAUCAAAAACAUUAUAGAGAACACUCCAGAAAGCCACCCGGACCACAGUCACCUGCGGCUGGCUCUGGAGAAGGCUGAAGAGCUGUGCUCACAGGUCAACGAAGGAGUGCGUGAAAAAGAAAACUCAGACCGGCUGGAGUGGAUCCAGGCGCAUGUGCAGUGUGAGGGGCUGUCAGAGCAACUUGUGUUCAACUCAGUUACAAACUGCCUGGGCCCUCGGAAGUUCCUACACAGUGGAAAACUCUACAAAGCCAAGAGCAACAAGGAGCUUUACGGCUUCCUGUUUAAUGACUUCCUGCUCCUCACGCAGAUCAUCAAACCUCUGGGCUCGUCUGGAAUGGACAAGGUCUUCAGUGCGAAAUCCCACCUGCAGUAUCGCAUGUACAAAACGCCCAUCUUUCUUAAUGAGGUGCUGGUGAAGCUUCCAACUGAUCCUUCUGGAGAUGAACCCAUAUUCCACAUAUCUCACAUAGACAGAGUCUACACUAUACGUGCUGAGAGCAUCAAUGAACGGACAGCUUGGGUACAGAAGAUCAAAGCCGCUUCUGAGCUUUUCAUCGAAACAGAGAAGAAAAAGAGAGAAAAAGCCUACUUGGUAAGGUCUCAGAGGGCCACUGGUAUCGGGCGGCUAAUGGUGAACAUUGUUGAAGGCAUUGAGCUGAAACCCUGCCGCUCAAAUGGUAAGAGUAACCCGUACUGUGAGGUGACGAUGGGCUCUCAGUGUCAUGUCACUAAGACGCUACAGGACACCCUGAACCCCAAAUGGAACUCAAACUGCCAGUUCUUCAUCAAAGACCUGGAGCAGGACGUGCUGUGUGUCACUGUGUUCGAGAGGGAUCAGUUCUCCCCGGACGAUUUCUUGGGCAGGACGGAGAUUCGGCUGGCCGACAUCAAGAAGGACCAGGGCUCGAAGGGCCCCAUCACCAAGCGUCUGCUGUUACACGAAGUCCCAACGGGAGAGAUUGUGGUGCGACUGGACCUUCAGCUCUUUGACGAACCCUGACCCACGUUGUUUGACCUGACCAUUUGACCCCCAGAUUCAAUAUCUGCUACUCCUCCGUGUUGAAAGCCCACCAGCCUAGUGUGACAAUCUCACCCAGCACCAUGAAACCCAAAGUGUGAAUGUGUGUAUUUGCACAAGCAUCUGUGAGUCUGCAAAAUGCUGUAACAGUCUUAAUCAGUGAUCCCCAUUGGAUUCUUAUUGUCCUAGGUACCGCUUCAAGACAAGUCAAGUGUGUGAGUGAAAAUGAAGGAGGGGAAAUUUCAGUUCUACAGUGAUGUAAAGGAUGUCUCAGGAUGCUGUAAGUCUUAAAGGGUCAAACGUACAGUAGUUGUUUAAUGCUCUAAUGACCCGGGAAUAGUAGUGCCAUUUGAUGCAAUAUUCAUACUAGAACACACAGAAUCAUUACAAAUGCUGUGCCAUUCCAGUCAAAGUCUCAUUAUGGGUGAAUCUCACGAAUCUCUUAUUAACAUAAUUACAAAAUAAUCUCUCAUUCUCAUACCUGUAAUUUAAAAAAAUAGGGAUAUUAUUUAAAUUAAGUGUUUAGACAUCAUGGUAGUAUUUGUUUUACUGCCUUGGUUAUGCUGGUUUACAUAAAAAAUACUGUAAUUUAUAAAAAUUACCACCAUUUAAAAAAAAAUUUUAACAGGAUUAAUUUUUAAUGCAAACUAUUUUGAAGUUUUUGGGGCAUCCUGAACACAUUUUUGUGAGAUUCACUCAAUAGUCUUACUGACUAUUUAACAUUUAUUCCAUAAUUUCAGUCAUUAACACUACAAACUAAAACCAGGGUUUGUUGGCAAACCUUUCUAAUGUCAACCGAUUCAUUUAUUUUAUUUUAUUUUAUUUUAUUUUUUUAUCUAUUUUUCGUGAAAGAGACUGGUGACAGUUCAACAACCGAAUGUACGCGAUACGUUUCUUUUUGAGGGUCCAUUAAAUGUGAGCAUGUUCAGGAAAAUUUACAGCAAGUCUCGAGAAGAUACAGCCACAAACGCUCCGUGGAAAGACUAUUUUGAAAAUUGUUGUAUGUUUUUCAGCAUCUUUUGUCAUGUAACUUUUAUUUAUUUUUAUGUUUUUGAGAAUGGGACGCAUCUCAGAGCCCAACAGAAAUAUCAUAGCAGGUCUCAAGGGACAUUAGAAGAAUUUCCGAACGUGUCAAAUAUCCCUAAAUGGCUAAUAUAUCCGGUGUGGUGGCUGUAUGAGUUUUGAUUUUAGCAAUAAUUCAGCCAGAAGUUCUUCAGUUUCUCCCCUUAUGUUCUUAGUUUUAUUGUGGUACAUCACAAAGUAAACUAUUUAAUAUAUAGUACUGUAUUUAAGUUUGAAACUGCAUAACUAAUGACAUCAGUUUGUUUUUGACUGAUGUAUGUUUAUUUUUUAUUUUUUUUUAUUUUUUUUUAUUCUUGUGCUGUUAUUAGGCAUUAGUGAUCAACACUGUAGGAUUUGUCAUAUUUGUAAAAUUGAGAGAUGUCAGUUCAUAUGUUAUGUUCUUCCUUUUUUUGUUGUUUAUUUCACAAAAAAAUGGGAUUUAGUGCUUAAGUUGGAAGGUUGCAGCAUGUAGAAAUUAUGUUGAAACAAUCCUAAAUGAACCAGAGAGCAAAAGGGAUCAAUCAUAUCUGCUGCAAAUGUCUCCAGAAAGUGCCAUCUUUACAUAGAUGAUGGAAUGUGUUGAAUUUGUGAGGGUCUUAUUUGUUCGAUUACCACACUACUGAGCCUGAGAAAGGUGCUGUUUCUUUUUGGACUGUAACAGGGAUCGGUUUUGUUUAAUUUGUGUGUGUGAAUGAGUGUGUUUUCCUGUCUAGAUGCAAUAGACACAUUAAUAUUCCACUGCUGUGCUAGUGAGAUGCCAGAGUGAUCAAGGAAAACAGCUAUUGUGGGGCCAGCAAGUUAUUCCACUCGGUUUUUCUAUGUGUGUGUGUGUGUGUGUGUAUGUGAGAAAGAGUGACUCUCAGUGCUUUGAAUGCUUUCUGCUGGGUCACUUUCCCAAACCUCAUCUCCAAGUACAUUUUAGACAAUGCAAGGGGUCAUGGUCACACAUCUUUUCCCUGUCUUAUUCUCCUGGCGUUCCCUCAUCUCUUAUCACGCACUGUACAUUUCAGACCUGAAGAUUUGCCCCCAACUUCAUUAUUUUUUAAUAAGCAAAGUCUCAUUGAUUGAACAGUAAUAUAUGUGUCUAUGUUUAAAACUUUGAAUGGAGUAUAAUAUAUUACAAAUUGAGAAGUAAAUAUGUUGAUAACAGCGUAUUGUUAUCAAUUUAGAAGCAGUGUGUUGUCUUAAUGUUGCAAAUAAAACUCAACUGGACCAAGG